UGAGAGACGCGCUCAUUACAGCCCCAUUCAAGCAAUCGCCUCUGUUCAGAGUACAAUCAGAAUGAGCAGACCAAGAAAGUAUUGAAAUGAAUGACAACUCUCUUGUUCUCGCUCCUGAGGGCGACGUGAUAUUAGUCGUGGGUGAGAAACGAUUUCGCAUACAUGCGGACUCCCUCUUCCUUAAGCGGCAUUCAACGGUCUUUGCAGCUCUAUUCGGCCCAAACUUUCGCGAAGGUCAAGAUUUGAAUACCUCAUCUCCAAAGGAGAUUCCUCUGCCGGAUGAUGAUCCGUAUGCCAUGACGGUGAUCUGUGCAACAAUGUACCACAACUUUGGUCACAUUCCGCGGAACCCCACAACAGACCAAGUUUUUAGUAUAAUCAGACACGCGGAUAAAUACGAUUGUUACGAUGUCCUCACCCUACCGUCCCAGGUCUAUGGCUGGCUCAAAUCCGAUCAUUUGACUCUUGGUAAAGACCUAGCAAAUAUUCUCGCUGUGUCGUAUUUGGUUAGAGAUCAGGAAGCGUUUAAAAAUGCGUCGAAAGCCUUAGUCUGGAAGUACGAUGGAUCAUUCACAGAUCUGGCUAAUAAUGUGAUCUGUGAUGUUCUGCCCUGGAAGACAUUCUGCAGAUUGGAGGAACUUCGGACCCGUAUACAAAUACUCGCAAUUAGUAUCGUAUUAAACAUAUCAGCGUUUAGAUCUAGUGGCUUUGGUGGCUUUGGCGGCCUUGAAGUCAAUCAUUCUGGAUGCUCCCAAAUCGCAGAAAGGAUUAAACAAGAUUUCGGUAAUGAUCUGUUAGUAGAAGUGCGCCAGAAACAAGAUCAGAAAUAUCGCGGGGGCUCGUAUAUAAAACCGCCGCAUCCGCCAGCAACUCAGCAGUCAGCAACUGGGCCUUUGCUUAAGAAAUUACAGGAACUAGCGGAAUCCUGUAAGAAAUGCAAAGAGAAUGUGGAAACUUCCCAGCUCAACACAUUUUGCCUAAGUUUGGCAGGCAAUGACCUCAGACAGGUUGCUAUGUUACCUGAAUGGUACUGGGGCUCGAAGUUAACGUAUUGAGGAGCACGGAGAAUGAGAGUCUGUACAGCCUCCAUACUAGUGGACUAAACUAUCGAUACGAUCGUACAUGGCCACUAGAAAUCUGUAGAACGGGAGGAUAGGAGGAUGGGAGACAAUGAGGGCAUAUUAAAGCCACGAAUAAAACAAUUUCUGAAAAUUAUUAUAGUUAGGAGAUAGGUUAAAGAAUAGGCCAAGUAAUCUUCGGCCGAGGUAAAAUCCUAAGCGACACGCAAGCUAA